CUCUCAUCGUCCCGCCACCACUAGUGGGUGACUAAACCAGGUUCAUGCACAUAGGCGCCUCACUAGCACACGUUUCUCAUCCUGAGCAUCUGCGGCAUUGAUUUUUGAAGGAAUAGCGCCAUCCGUUACCUACCCGGCCUUGUCAUGACAGCUGCAAGGCCUCGCAUACUCGACGUGCUUCCAGAGGAUGUCCUACUCACUGUCUUCGGUUAUCUAUCGCUGGAUGAUGUCUUGAAGAUGCGACAGGUAUCGUCCGCGUUCGGGGCCCUCACCCAUGCCCGCGGUCUGUGGACUGACCUCCUCCACCGAUAUGUUAUCAGCGAAGGUCUCCCAAUACCUAAAUUACAAGACGAACUCCAAGGUGAUCCUAUUGACCUACGCACCACUAUCCCCGAUACCCUGGACUCUGCCGCUCUCGAAAGCUGCAUCCGCCGCGCCCUCACUCUGCGCCGCGUGUGGACCUCUCCAUCGCCCACACCCGCGCGCCAUCUCAUCGUGUCCGUUGAAGAGGAAGGUCUCGAGUCUUCCGCCUGGCGCAUCGUCUCCCUCCGCUUCUGCGGGCACUUCCUCCUGUCGGUGUCUUUCACCAGCGUCUCACCGCCGGAGCGCGAGCGCUUGCCUCUGGUGUUCCGCUCGUGGGAUCUGCGCCAGCGAAAGCCGAGAUGCGUCUCGUCGAUGUACGUGCCGUUCCGGAGUAGCUUCAAGUGGAAUACGGGGUUGGGGAGAGGAUGGGACGAUCCGGUGCUCGCGGUCGUGCCAGCCUCAAAUGUUGAGACGAAGUUCUAUGGCCUUGAUACGGAUGGGGCAUUUCAGCUAAUGUCUACGGACGCUACCACCGAUGACUUACGUGCAUUUCAUGGCACGACGGUCCUCACUCGGCAAGGCAUGGGUGACACAUGUAUCUGGGAUAUGUGCGACACCCAAUUGCGCUGUGUAUUGAAGAAUCCUCAGUCGGAGCAGCCGGAAACCUUCGUCACGACGCAUCUGCACGGUCGCUUUCUAUUGAUCGUCUGGACCCGUGCACUGCAGAUUUUCGACAUCUCGGGGCCGCAUACGCCAGACAAAGACGGAAAGCCUCCCAUCGUCGAGCCUUUAGCCCACUGGCGCUGGCCAUGGCCCAUCGACAGUGCCCGCGCCACCACAUUUCGCACCAGCCUUGUCGCAGACGAGCCUCCCCCGUUCCACAUAUUCCUCCGCUUCUCCUCCUUCCUCCCCUGGCCUGUCAACAUGCUCCAUCACUAUCUUCUGUCUCCGAGCACCGAGCCCGACACGCCUGCGUACCCACUACAUCCGCGCGCCGUCGUCUCCAUCCCCUCGCACGUGCGGCUGUUCUCCGUGAGCGAUAUGGCGCUGGGACCGUAUGGCGCGGCGGUGUGGAUCGAUAGCGCGACAGAGGACGAGGACACGGGCAAGCGCCUGGCGGGUACGAUACUGCAGGAACCGUCUACGAAGGAGCCGGAGGGCCAUGCGCAGGUUACGACGUUCGACAAGACGUCGUCGAAGGGGACGGAGCCGUGGUUGCAUGUGGAGGUGGACGAUGAGGAAGGGAGGAUUGCGGUGGCGUCCUUCGGCCAGUUCGAGUUGUAUGAAUUUAUCUGAAUCAUUCUGGAGAGCUGUUACUUGGGUCGAAUGCCUUCACGCUAUCAUUACCUAGAACCUUUAGAACCCCUCAUCAGACUCCGCCUCCGACUCUGUAUCAUCCUCAUCCUCGUCCUCGCCCUCAUCUUCUUCCUCCUCGUCCAGCUCCUGCAGAAUCCGGCUAACUCUUUCUGAAGACGACGUGUUGAUCCUCUGCGACCUACGCCCUGAUUCCGUGGGUACACUCCUGUCAAUGAAUUCGAUGUCACUGUCGCUCUCGUCCUCGGCAGAGACCUUGCGUUUAGCCUUCGCCUUGCGCUUUUUUCGAGAUUUGUUUCCUCCCGCACCAGUGUUCGUCGUCUUUCGUUUCGUUCCGACCUCUGCCUCUUUCUUCCCCGCCUCCUUGAGCCUUUUCUUUUCCUCCUCCUUCUCCUUU